AUGAACAACGUUGCCGCUCCUGCUGCUAUUCCACCAACUGAAGUGGAUCAAAAGAUCGAUCCAUCCAUCGCUACUGCCAUCACAACUGGCGGAGAACAUUCGCAUGAAGCAUCAGGAAGUGCUGCUCCUGCUUAUACAACUGCUCCAGGUACCGGAGAAGCUUCAAGCGGUGCUGUAACUGCAGGUGCAGAAAAAGGGGCUGAAGUACCACCAACAACAACUACUACCACUACCACAAUCAUCACUACCACAACAGGUCCAAAUGAUGGUUCUCCAACAUCUCCAAUUCCCGGUACCGCACCCACUUCUCCAAUCGUCGGUGAUACAUCUACUUCAAGUGGAAUUGCUCCUGGCUCAAAUUUGACCGCAGCUGCCAUUCCAGCAAAUGCAGGUUCUACCACUAAUGGAAGCAUUGCAAGCCCAGUAACCGCUGAUCAACCAACCUCAGCAAUCACAAACGGAUCUGCCGUUCCUGCUGCUGUCAAUGGUGCAAACGGUGUUAAUGGCACGCAAGAUUCAACCACGCAUUCGGCCAUUCCUGAUGCUGCUGCUGGUGGUGCUCUCGGUGCUGCUGGAGGUGCAGCCGCUGCUCAUCAUGCUGAGAAAGAGAAAGCUCAACCUGAAAUGGCUAUGAAACCAAAAGAAGCAAAGCAAUACACUAAAUUAUUGAAGAAAGAAGCAAAGAAUGAUGAGAAAGAUUUGGCAAAGGCAAUCAAAGAUGCACAAAAUCUUGAAAAGCCGUUGCGAAAAGCCAACAAGGCAGAAAAACAAAGUGAAAAGCGUCAUCAAUCUGCUAUUCAUGAUGAACACAAAGCCUCGAAAACGUUUAACAAGUACAAAUUGGAAUUCGAGAAAGCACAAGCUGCUUUGAAAAAAGCUGUAGAUGAAUUGGACAUCAAAAAGAAACAUACAACGGCAACACAAGAAGCUUUUGAUAAGGCAAAGAAGCGUAUCGAUGAAUUGCGCGAUCAAAAGAUUGUCAAUGACAAAGACCGUGCUCGUCGUCAAGCCAGCAUUACAACAACUAAUUAG